ACAACCAACAACCAACAACCAACAACGAGCACGGCGGCAUAGAUCCCCGGCGAUGCUCCGUCUUCUGGCUCGGGUGCAAUUCAUCUCUCACGUCCAUAGACUGCCACAUCUCUCUCUCCUCGUCCUCGAACUUGCUCUGAGCAGACACACACAAAACAGAGCCUUGCGGUAAUAUCACGAUCCAAAGAACCGCCAUGCCGCGCCUCACAACAGACCUGCUCUCUAGGCGACCCAGCACAUCAUCAGCAUGGCUGCUCGCCACGGCGACGGCGAUGGCGAUCCUCCCCACGCUCGCGACGGCAGCGUGCUACGACCGCGGCGGCAAGCUUCGCGAGAGCUGGGUGGCGUGCAACCCAGACCAGCCCACCAGCAGCUGCUGCUCGUCGAGCGACUUUUGCAUGUCCAACGGCCUGUGCCUCAACGCGGGCGGCAACCAGGCGUACACGCAGCAGGGCUGCACCGACAAGAAAUGGGGGCCGCCGUGUACCUUCUACUGCCGUGAGUCUUUCUGUAUUUUCUCUCCCCCUCCUUUGGGUUCGAAACGUGUUGCCCCAUUCGCCAAUUUGCGACGAGAGAGAAUCGGGCAGAGAGAGAGGGUGUUUCGUCCGGGCUCAAAACACGCCCUUAUUGUACCCGCUCUCCCGCCAAGACCGAAAGAUCUAUCGGUAACCCCUCCGACGGCCUGUACUACAUGGACUACUGCUGGCGCGGCUUCGACGAGCCCGCAGACCACUGGUGCUGCGGUGUCGGGUGCUGCGGCGGCAACGGCACCGCCUCGGGCCAGUCCGGCAACGACGACAUCACGAUCCCCGUCGCCACCGAGAUCUUCCGGCCAGGAGCCAGGGCCGUCACCUCCUCUGGCCCCGCCGGCGCGGCGACGGCGACGACGACGGUGACGGCCGCGGAGAAGACCGUGACCGUGACACAGACUGUGCCUGCGGGUAGUGCGGCGGCGCAGUAUGGCCCGGGUGGCGGUGGGGAUGCCAGCUCGGGGCCAAGCCCACUGGCUCUAGGGUUGGGACUCGGGCUGGGGAUCCCCCUGCUGCUG